ACUAAAAGGCUCCAUCAGCAGAGUUCGUGGACUCAGCAGGAAGACGGUUGUGUUUUCGUUUCUCAGCUGAAUCUUUGCGUAGUUUCAGCAACAAUGUCUUCAGUUCAGCAUCUGAGAGAGUUUAUCAGAGAGCGACUAACUGCUGCUGCUGAAGAAAUCUUCUCAGAGGUUGAGAAAACCAUCGUCCGCUACGAGGAAGACGCCAGACUGCUGGAAAGCUGCUGGAGACCCCAGAUAAAACUCCCCAGAAUCGACCUCCAGAAGCCACAUGUCUCCAUGGAGGAGGAAGCUUCUUCCAUCCAACAGCUCUGCAACCAGAGGAGAAGGUCCAGUCAUGACCAGGAGGAAGCAGAACCUCAGUGGUCUGAAGAACAGAGGGAACCAGAACCUCCAUGGAUUAAAGAGGAAAUGGUGGAACUAGAACUUCCACUGAUUAAAGAAGGAAAUGUGGAGCCUGAGUCUUUAUGGGUUAAAGAGGAACAAAUGGAACCAGAACCUCCUCUGAUUGAAGAACAGGAGGAACUAGAACCUCCAUGGAUUAAAGAGGAACUGGAGGAACCAGAACCUCUGCUGAUUAAAGUAGAAAAUGUGGAGCCUGAGUCUUUAUGGGUUAAAGAGGAACAACUGGAACCAGAACCACAGAUUGAAGAGCAAGAGAACCCAGAAGUUUCACUGAUUGAAGAAGAAAAGGAAAAACGUGAUUCUUCAAAGCUUAAACAUGAACAACAGGAUCCUGAACAUUUACCAACUUCUUCCUGUCAAAAGCUCUGCAACCAGAGGAGAAGGUCCAGUCAAGACCAGGAGGAAGCAGAACCUCAGUGGUCUGAAGAGGAACAGAUGGAAGCAGAUCCUCCUCUGAUUGAAGAACAGGGAGAACCAGGACAUUCACUGAUUAAAGAAGAAAAUAAAAGGCCAGAUUCUCCAAGGCUUAAACAUGAACAGCAGGAUCCUGAACAUUUACCAACUAGAAGGGAUCAGGAGGAUGUCUGCAGCAGUCAGGAAGGAGAGCAGCUUGUCCAGAAGCAGUCUGUUGCUCUAAUGGAGACCUUUACUCUUCAGGAACAUGAAGGAGAACCAAGAACUGAGCAGCUUUCCUUUCAUAUCUCUCCUGUAGUUCAGACCAAAGACCAGGAAGGAAGCAGCUCCACUGGGUCAGAGAGUCAGUCUUUCACUGACACUAAGAAGAGGUCAUUCAAAUGUGAUGUUUGUGGAAAGACUUGGAAGAAGAAAAGUCAGUUGAAAAAUCAUUACAGAACCCACAAAGACCUCCAGAAGCCACAUGUCUCCAUGGAGGAGGAAGCUUCUUCCAUCCAGCAGCUCUACAACCAGAGGAGAAGGUCCAGUCAUGACCAGGAGGAAGCAGAACCUCAGUGGUCUGAAGAGGAACAGAUGGAACCAUAUCCUUCUCUGAUUGAAGAACAGGGGGAACCAGAACCUACACUGAUUAAAGAAGAAAAUGUGGGGCCAGAUUGUCCAAGGCUUCAACAUGAACAGCCAGAUCCAGAAAAUUUAGCAACUAGACAAGACCAGGAGGAUGUCUGCAGCAGUCAGGAGGGAGAGCAGCGUAUCCAGAAGCAGUCCGUUGCUCUAAUGGAGACCUUUACUCUUCAGGAACAUGGAGACCCAAAAAUUGAGCAGCUUUCCUUUCAUAUCACUCCUUUACUUCAGACCAAAGACCAAGAAGGAAGCAGCUCCACUGGGUCAGAGAGUCAGUCUCAUACUGACACAAAGAAAAUGUAUUUAAAAUGUGAUGUUUGUGGAAAGUCUUGGAAGAACAAGAGUCAAUUGGAAAAACAUUACAGAACCCACACUAGAGAGAAACCUUUUUCUUGUCAGACAUGUGGAAAAAGUUUCACUCAGUUGCGUGAUUUAAAUGUUCACUUGAGAAUCCACACAGGUGAGAGGCCUUUUUCUUGUCAGACAUGCGGAAAAAGUUUCACUCAGCUGAGUCAUUUAAACAGUCACACAAGAACCCACACAGGUGAAAGACCCUUUUCUUGUCAGACAUGUGAAAAACGUUUCACUCAUUUGGGUGAUUUAAAUGUUCACAUGAGAACCCACACAGGUAAAAGACCUUUUUCUUGUCAGACAUGUGAAAAAAGUUUCACUCAACUGGGUGCUUUAAAAGCUCACACCAGGAGCCACACGGGGGAAAGGCCUUUUUCUUGUCAAACAUGUGGUAAAUGUUUCGCUCAAGUGGGCGCUUUAAAUGUUCAUAAGCGGACCCACACAGGUGAGACUCCUUUUACUUGUCAGAUAUGUGGAAAAAAAUUUACUCAGCUGGGUUCUUUAAAAGUUCACACCAGAGGCCACACAGGGGAGAAGCCUUUUUCUUGUCAAGUAUGUGGUAAAAGUUUCAAUCAAGGGGGUGCUUUAAAUGCACACAAGAGAACUCACACAGGUGAGAGGCCUUUUUCUUGUCAGACAUGUGGAAAAAGUUUCACUCAAGUGGGUGCUUUAAAUGUUCACAGGAGACACCACACAUAGGAGAGACCUUUUUCAUGUGGAAUAUGUGGACAAUUCCACAUUGCAGGUCGCAAUUUGAAUAUUCACAUGAAACAAAGACAUAAAAGUAAGAGGUAAUAAUUUUGGGCAAACAAAUAUAUAAAAAGCUCCUCAAAUAAAUAUGUCUGUGCAUGAUUUUUUAAAUACUUUUGUCAACUCUUCAAAUAAAAAUGCAAGACGACAUCCAUCA